AUGAAACACGGCACAUUUUCGGCCGGCCACAGCCUGAAGAAGCACGGUUUGGCGGGUACCAGAGCUAGCAGCGUCAGUGAGACGAGUCUUCAUCACACGGUGGGCCUGGAGACGGCAACUCCCAAGAGUCUGUCCUCCAAUGACUAUCCUCCAGCCUACGAAGCUUCGGACAGUAGGCACUGCUCCCGUCUGCGCCGGUAUUGUCUUCACUGCUGCACUCACUCGAGGUCAAGAAAGGCGACUGACAAUGAACUGCAGGUAAUGGAAAAAGAAAACUCAUGUGUCUAUUAG